AUGUCAAAAACGCCAAGUAAUUCCGUCAAAGUGCUGGCAGGUGUAGCAGCGUCCGGCAAUGGCUUAAGAAUCACGCAACAAAAGCAGAUUGGCCGUGCUUGGACUGACGGGCCUCGUAUCGAUCUCGUACAUUUAGGUUACGUCCAGGAGGAUUUCGAGCGUCGACAAGAAGCUGUCGCGAAUAUCCGAGAACGAAUGACAUUAAAGUCACGACCGGGCUACCAACUUCGUGUUCGAAUGCGCUGGAAUUGUCAGUCACUGUCCCGAUUGAUUCUUCGUCGUCAUUUCCUGUGGCUUCCCUGUGUAGUGAGCUCGUUACCUGAAGCUGUAUGGGACGGCGAUAUCCUUCAGGUCCAUACGCACUUACUGCAGCGAGCUGAUGUCAACAUGCGCGACUUCGUGACCGGUCAACUAGCGCUCAACAUUGCCAUCCAGCAGCAACACGAGGCUAUUGCUCGUCUCUUGAUUGAUCGUGGAGCAGAUGUGAACCAACAAGACGAUGUCUCUCUGCUAGCUCCAAUCCACAACGCCAUCAUCAUGGGCAACAAAGCUCUGUUCCGACGUCUUCUUAAAGCUGGGGCCGAUACUGAACUUGCAGACCGUGAAGGCUUCACACCUCUGCAUUGGGCCUCUGUACGUGGGUAUCUUGAGAUCGUCGCGCAACUUGUCGAAGUGUCCAGAGCUGAUGUGAAUCGCCGAGACGCAAUGGGCUGGACGCCACUCCACAUCGCGUGCUUCAAGGGUUAUCCAGACCUUGUGGAGUAUCUGCUGACACGUCGUGCUCGUAUUGAUGUGGAGGAUUGCUACGGGUUUACACCGAUGAUGUUCGCUCGUAUCGCUGAAAAUAUGGACGUCGUCAAGAGCUUGGACGACUUUGUAGCACAGCAAGAAGUCAAAAGACUGCGAAAACUUGCAGCUGACAAGCCAAAGAAGAAGAAGAAGCGGAGACUUUCGUCUCCUAAACGGUUGUUCUUAUCGGCAAAGAAUUGA